UUGUAUCGAAACGGAAGGGUUCUGACAAAAAACAAUGACGGUGCACUAAAGGCACUUUCACUGUGCCGUCACGGAACCAAACCGGAUCGGAAAGGUGUGAAUAAUCCUUAGAAGCAUUACUUUGCUAAUCGAACAAAUAAUCGCGGAAAAUGCGAUUAUUUCGACUAACAGAAAAAACUUAUCGAUUAAAUUUCAUUCGAUUAUUAAGGUAAUUAAUCGAUUAUUCGGUCGAUUUUUAGUCAGACACCCCUAGAGUCUAGACGUGAGUGCUUGCGGCAGCAUGUUUUCAUCCGUACAGCGAUGCGUGAUUCUGGAAGUUGUUCUUUUUGCUGAAAAUUGUAAUUUUUAGUGUUCAAUUCAUACAAAAUACCACCAGUGGCUAGUAGGCGAUCAACAUGGGUUUGACGAAACAAUAUCUGUCGUACAAGGCAGUCGCUAAUUUCAAUUUAAUCGCGAGUGGUCGCGCCAAUGUGACAUUCGUUUCCGUGGGUGGUGUCGAUGGCCGAUUUGUGGCCGUCGCCGGAGCCGAAAAGGUACUGAUUUGGAACACCAGGCUUGGAGAAAAAGUUCUUGAAUUUACACGGGAUAAGCAGGAAGUAACCUAUCUUCGGCCAAGCCCGGAUCAGAAACAUCUUGCGGUAGGUUAUAUAGAUGGAGUGAUAGAAAUUUUUGCCUUCGAAAGUCAACAAUCAACGUGUACUUUCGCCUCACAUCGGUCCGCUGUGAGUGCGUUAAACUUUGACCUCAUUGGCUUGAAACUAGUUUCCGGAGGCUUGGAUAACGAUUUGGUCGUCUCGGAUGUGGUAGCUCAAAGCGGAAAAUGUCGCUUAGUUGGCCACAAUGCACCUAUUACGGAUGCGACUUUUAUGCAGAAGUAUCAUGAUGUUGUACUAUCGAGCUCGAAAGAUACUCAGAUUAAGUUUUGGAAUAUGGAGACGCAAAGUUGCUUUAAAACGAUCAUCGAUCAUAGAACCGAAGUUUGGAGCAUUGCUCUGAUGAGAGGAGAUGACUUCCUCGUAGCUGGAUCAGGAGAUUCACAACUUACGGUGUACAAAAUUGUCGAAAACAGCAAAUAUGAGCAACAGGAGUCUACAGCGAGCCCGGACGAUUUAGAUUUGGAAUUGGAGGCGAGCUGUCCGUUCCGGUGUACCCAAACAGGAAGUAUCCAGCGUUCAGGGUCCGGCAGAACGAUGAACCUGAUAGUGGAAGGUAAUGGACAGAUAUUGGGAUGCCAUGGAACUGAUCGAAAAAUCGAACUGUUCUAUUUCUACAGCGUCGAUGAAGCGCUGAUUCGUUUAACGAAACGACUUAAAAAAUUGGAUACCAAAUCUAAACAAAUCGAGUCUAACCGUCAACUCUCAUUGACCGACGAAAUCAAACGGCUACCGGUAAUUCCCGUUCCGGAAAAGAUUAAAUCUUUUGAUCUGCUGCUCGGAACCGGUAACGAGCUUCGAAUUUGCGUAACCUACAUAAAAAAUUUACUACAAGUUUACACGUUGAACGUGUCAGAAAAACACGCUGAGUCGAAGGUCAUUCACACCAUCCGUCAGCAGGGUCACCUGUCGGACGUUCGAAGCGUGACGUUCAGUUCGGAUAGUUUGGCAAUCGCUUCAGGCAGCGGAGAAUCGUUGAAACUUUGGAGCCGAGCGUCGCAAGCGUGUCUGCGAACCGUUGAAACUGGGUACGUCGUCAGUUCCUGUUUCGUACCGGGCGAUCGGCACGUUCUGGUCGGACUGAAAACGGGCGAGCUGUUGAUUGUGGAUAUCGUGAUUGGGGAGAUCAUCGAACGGGUCAAAGCACACGAGAAGGAACUGUGGAGUAUCGCACUGUGUCCGGAUAUGCGCGGUUGUGUUUCCGGUGGCGGCGAUACGACGGUGAAGUUCUGGAGCUUCGAGCUCAUCGCGGACCCCAACCGAGCGGAUAACAGUGAAGUGAAGAUUCUUUCGCUUCUUCACAAGAAUGUGCUCAAACUGGAAGAAACAGUCCUGUGCGUUCGUCUGUCACGGAAUAACAAAUACAUUGCCGUCGCCCUGCUGGACUCGACCGUGAAGAUCUUUUUCUUGGAUACGCUUAAAUUUUACCUUUCGCUGUACGGCCAUAAGCUACCGGUCAUUUGUAUGGAUAUCUCGUACGAUUCUAAUCUUAUAGUAACCGGAUCAGCAGACCGGAGUAUUAAAAUUUGGGGCAUGGAUUUCGGUGACUGCCAUCGAUCGCUCAUAGCACAUGAAAACUCCAUCAUGGGAUUGCAGUUUAUACCCAAAACGCACAUGUUUUUCUCGUGCAGCAAAGAUGGUAAACUGAAGCAAUGGGACGCCGAUAGUUUCGAGAAGAUAGUAACAUUACCCGGUCACGUGGGUGAAGCUCACGGAUUGGCGGUAAGUCCUAAUGGGAAGUUUGUGGUAAGCUGCGGAUCCGAUCGUACACUUCGGCUGUACGAAAGAACCGACGAACCGCUGGUAUUGCAAGACGUGCAAGAGGAAGAACGCGAAGAGUUGGAAAACAGUACCCUGGCGACAGGCGAUGAAUCCAACGUUCCGGGUUUACCAGGGUUAAAAAUGCCUUCCCGAAAAACGAUCGGAUCGGAAAAAGCUGCCGAAAAUAUACUGGAAUGUCUAGAGAUUAGCAAAAAUUUCGAGCAAGGUGACAGCCAAAACAUCAUCCCUCCGCUGAUGUAUGCGUACGAAGCUACCAACACGGACGAUUUCCUGAUCGCAGUUCUGACACGCAUUCGGGCAAGCGAUCUGCAAGAAGCCUUACUUCUGCUUCCGUUUUCCAGCGCGUGCGAACUGUUGGAACGCGUACCGAAACUGACGACCGCAAGACAGGAUCAAACGGAAACCAUCUGCAAGGUCGUGCUGUUCCUUUUCCGAAUCCAUCAAAAACCAAUCGUUAACAAUCAGAUUCUGCUGCCGGUGAUUCAGGAAAUUAUCGACAAGCUGCAGGGUGCCAUCGUGGAACAGAGGGACAUGAUUGGGGUCAAUUACCAUGGAAUGCAGAUGCUGCAAAGGGAAGUGGAAGCCAACCAAGGUGUGGAAUUGUUCCGCGAUGCUACGAAGAGUAGACGAAUGAAAGAUCAGCGACGCAAACGGAAAGAACUGGCCAAAAGAACAUUUGUACAAAUUAGUACAUAAUUACAAUAAAAUUUUCGGAAUUUACCGAACAUUCUUCAACACAAUAAAA